AUGCGUAUGUUUUUCUUUUUAACCUCACGUUCUUCAUUUUCUUUAUUUUCUUCAUCGUCCCAACAUUUAUCAUUCGCUUUUUUUUCAUUCUUUUGUCUUCAUUCAUCCUUUCUUUUAUACAUGUAUUCUUUUAUUCAUGAAUUCUCUUUCACUUCUAUUCGUUUAUUCAACCGCUCUUUUUUUAACAUCCAUUCUUUUAUUCAUAUGUUCUCAUAUACUUACAUUCUUUUAUUCAUAUAUUCUAUUAUACUUACAUUUUUUUAUUCACCCGUUCACUGCAUUCUUUUUUGUUUGUUUAUUUUCUAUUUUGGUGUUCGUCCGUUCUUAUCUUUAUCCGACUUGAACUUUUCUGAUCUGUUAUCUUUCCUCUUCUUUUAUUCUCUCUCUCUUUUCUUCUAUUAUGCCAUUCAUCUGGUUUCUCACUCAAGCGAUCUUCCUUUAUUUUAUUCUUGCACUCCAUCAUCAUCCCUAUUCUUUCAUUCUUCUAUUCUUCCAUUCAUUAUUUAUUCCACUUUUUCUGGCCUUCUGGUUUUUCGCUACGUUCGUUUAAAUUUCCAUUCAUUUAUCCUUCAUUCUUUUAUUAGUCCAUUGUUUCGGGACUUCUAUCUUUCUCACCGUUCAUGUAUUCUUUUAUUCUUCUAUUCUUCCAUUCAUUAUUUAUUCCACUUUUUCUGGCCUUCAGUUUUUUUUUUUUUGUUCGCUCCAUUCGUUUAUUCCCCUGUUCUUUUAUUAUUCCAUUGUCCCUCCCUUCUACCUUCCCCACAUUCUUCGAUUCUUCUUUUCUUCCGUUUUUUAAUUAUUCCACUGCAAAGUCAUAUUUUCUUUCUUUUGUUCAGUAACGAUAUUUUUCUUUCUUUCUUUUUCUUUCUUUCUUUCUGUUACAUAUCUUUCUUCUUUUCUUUUUUUUUAAUUUCUAACUAUUUAUUUCUCCUAAAGGAUAAACGCCUUUUUAUUUAUAAUCGGUUGGAGGCUCUCUGUCUUUCUUUAUUCACGGUAUCAUGUAGUGUCUUUCUUGCAAUCUCUCUAUUAAUUUUUAACUACUCUCUCGCUAUUCUUAAUAUUUCUUUAUUUUUGUUUUUUACUUUUAUAUCUAAUUCUCUCUCUUUCUCUCUUUCUCUUUUUCUUUCUUUUUUUCUUUCUUUCUUUGUGUCGUCUUUUAUAAACAUUACGGUCACUAUCACAUGUUACCAUCGCUCUCUGAAUUUUUAUUGUUUAUUUGUUUUCGUUCUUCCUUUAUUUUCUUUCUUUCUUUCUUUCUGUAUUUAUUUCUUUCUGUCUUUCUUUCUUUCUUUCUUUUUGUUACCCUCUCUCUCUGAUUUUUUAUUCUUCCUUUAUUUUCUUUCUUUCUUUCUUUCUUUGUGUAGUCUUAUAAACACUGAGGUCACUAUUAGUUGUUACCCUCUCUCUCUGAUUUUUUAUUCUUCCUUUAUUUUCUUUCUGUCUUUCUUUCUUUUUGUUACCCUCUCUCUCUCUCUGAAUUUUUAUUCUUCAUUUAUUUUCGUUCUUCCUUUUCUUUUUUCCUUUAUUUUCUUUCUUCCAUUAUUUCUGUCUUUCUUUCUUUCUUUCUUUCUUUCUUUCUUUGUAUAUUCAUUUUGGCCUUCUCUCCCCGCCUCAAAAUAUCCUGAAUAUAUUUAUUCUUCAUCAUUCUUUUUUUUUCUUCGCUUUUGCUUCCUUCCUCCUCUUCUUUCUUUCUUUCUUUCUUUCUUUCUUUUCUAUUACUUUUUCCAAACUUAUUUUUCCCAAAAGUCUAUUAUUCCCCCUUUUUCUGCCUUCUGA